UGUAUAAUAAUAGUAUCUCGUCGAUAAUUAUAUCAAUCGGAUUUCGUUAUAAAAAUUUUUUCUUUUUAUCUUCAAUCUCUUUUUAUUAAUGUCAAUCUCGCUUGAAGUUUCACAGAGAUGUUGAUCGUGAUUUUAAAACGCUCGGCUUGCUCCAAAUAGUCCGAAUGACUCCGAAUGGUUCCGAUUCGAUUCGGCCCUGCAAUUUCACAAGGAAUCUCGCAAUUUGGACGGAAGGUUAGCAUAUUCCGGUUAAUCAGGAACAACAUUGAAAAAAAUCCAGAUAACACCUAACCAUAUGUGAUUAAGAAGACUGGGAAGAUAAUCUGAUACGGAGCAAGGGAAAAGAAUUAAUUUAACAAGAUAUUGGAUAUAUCGGAGAGGCAUACAUAACCUCAUGGAGAGGUGAAGGCGCAAAUCCACCGAUGGGAUAAUAUAACCAAAACAUAUCCUCGAAGAACUUCGGCCGUCUCGGGCUUCGGCACGAUCUAGCGCGAUCAAUUGCUGAAUAGAACCAUCGCUAUAGUGAUAUAAACAUCAGAAUGCCGGAUAAAGUAUGAAGCUUUUCAAGCUGAUAGUGCAUCAGAAGAAUUUCAGUGGGGAAGACCUGAUCAUCAACCCGAAGGAUUAUCCCGGCAUAAAAACCGGCGAUGUUGUCGAGAUUUACCAUCCUGAAGAUGAGUUCAGUCGCUUGCUGUUGCAAGUCACCUCUUUCAAGGAGGACCUCCAGGGCCGCGAGACCAUCAGCGUGGAGAAUAACGUAGCGUCGAUGUUUCAACUGCGAACGUUUGCCGACGUGUAUAUGAAUAUAGUAAAUCCGGACGAUGUGGCUCUAGAUUCUAUAGAAUUGACUUUUAAAGAUCAGUACAUGGGGCGCAGUGAGAUGUGGCGUUUGAAAAACAGCUUGGUAAACACUUGCGUGUAUAUCAAUAAGAAAAUAGAGUUUUGUGGUGGUAGUAUACGUUGUCAAGUGUACGAAAUGUGGUCACAGGGCGAUCGUGUUGCUUGCGGCGUUAUAACUGACGAUACUAAGGUGGUGUUUCGAUCUUCUACGAGUAUGGUGUACCUGUUUAUUCAAAUGAGCUCUGAAAUGUGGGACUUUGAUAUACAUGGAGAUCUUUACUUUGAGAAAGCGGUUAACGGAUUCUUAGCGGAUUUAUUUCAAAAGUGGAAGAAGAACGGAAGCAAUCACGAAGUUACCAUAGUACUGUUCUCAAGAACGUUCUAUAAUGCGACCAGUUUGGAGGAAUUUCCGAAUCAUAUGCGAGAGUGUUUGCAACACGAUUAUAGAGGGAGAUUUUAUGAAGAUUUUUACAGAGUUGCGGUGCAAAAUGAACGAUUUGAGGAUUGGAGUAAUAUCCUGGUACAACUACGUAAACUGUUUACCGAUUAUCAAAAAAUCGUUUUGGAAUAUCACCAAAAGCCGGGUAUUAAUAUGCCUAAGGCAGUAAAUUCCACUGCUGCACAGGGCAAUUUUCUGGAAGUGUUAAACAUGUCUCUGAAUGUUUUCGAAAAACAUUACUUGGAUCGCAGUUUUGACAGGACUGGUCAAUUAUCUGUAGUCAUUACACCUGGAGUUGGAGUCUUUGAAGUUGACAGGGAGCUGACAAAUGUUACAAAACAGAGAAUCAUUGAUAAUGGUGUAGGAAGUGACUUAGUGUGUGUUGGAGAGCAACCGCUUCACGCAGUUCCGUUACUAAAGUUUCAUAACAAAGAUUCCUCCAUAAAUGCACCAGAUGACUAUAGCAUGCCUCACUGGAUAAAUCUCAGUUUCUAUUCUACAAAUAAGAAGAUUCCUUAUUCCACGUUUAUACCACGAAUAAAGCUGCCACAAAAGAUGUCAAAACAUAUAAUGGAUAAUGGCAAAUUACAUUGUAAAACCAGACUUCUGCAAGAAGAUCCAAGAGAAUGUCUGCAUAAUACGUUAUUCGAUUAUGAUGCUUAUGAUGCACAAGUGUUUCAAUUACCCACAGUUCAUACUUCAAGUGUACAAAGGAUAAAUACAAGAAGAAAAAAGACGAGCGUGGUGUGCCUUGAAACUCAUAACAAUGGUCAUUUGUUAAAACUCUUGAAACGUAAAAUGUCGGAUCCCGAUAUACAUCAUCCACCACCUGAAACACAUUCACCGCCAAUUCUUGCAUUACGGAGUGCAGCGAUAACGAUACCACACAAAACAGAUGACGAUAACACUGAAUCUAAUGAGGCUAGGGCUGGUGUAUCCAGAACGCCGGUCAAAAACGAUUUAACCGAUUCUGAGAUAUCUCCGCCUUUUAGACCUGUUGUUGGUAGCGCAGGUAGUCCGACAAACUCAAUUUCUCAGCCAACGAAUAUCCUUAGGCCUGGUAGGGCAUUAAUCAACCCUUUCGAUCCAUCACAUGUUACCAUUAAACUUACCAGCAACAGACGACGUUGGACUCACAUAUUUCCGAAAGGACCUACAGGAGUUCUAAUACAACAACAUCACUAUCAAGCUGUUCCAAUGCAGACAUGUUUGGAGCCACAAAAUGAUCCAAAUAUGCCUGCUACGUCAUCGACCAUAAGCGGAUUCCCAAUGGAAAUUGGAGCGAACAAUUCAAAUCAGAUUUCAAGAUCAGGGUCUCAAACAGGAUUUCAAGAUUAUACGAAAGGAAAAUUGCCACGAUCUAAUCCUCUCACAAUUGCUAAUGGAGAUAAAGCUGCGAAUCCUUCAGUAGUGACAAAUAAGAGUCUUACUCUCUUAUGGGGUGCCACUGGUGAACAGGAAUGGACACCUGCUCUAACAACAGCAAUCAUAGGAGUCGACUGGAAAUCUUUAACAAUUCCCGCGUGCCUGCCUAUCACUACUGAUUACUUCCCAGACAAGCGGAGCUUACAAAACGAUUAUGUCGUGUCGGAUUACAAUCUUCUUCCGGACGAUGUUAAUGCUGAUUUUGCUCAACAGCGAGCGAUAUACAAGAAACCGCUCACAACUGUGGAGGUGUUUAAAGAGCUGGUCUCGCAACGUUUGGCUCAAGGUUUCCAGCUAAUUAUCUUACCAUCACGUAAUAAGAAUCAAAGCAACACCACUGGCAGCAAUACUGUUCCCGCGAUUAGUACGGUAAUGCGUGGCAGACAGACCGAAUCCGAGCCUAUAGAGGAAUAUCUGCUCAGCAUUGGAAGAACUUUUCAUAAAAUAUCACUAUUCGAUAAUUCUAUAACAGUUACGAGAUACCGUCCACGGCACCCUUAUCCGCCGUUCAAUAUUCACUAUCAGUAUCGAUUUCACGCACCACAUCACGACACAUACGAAGUCUCACGGGUGUCUUUUACCACAGAGAAACUCGAGAACUAUAACUGGAAUUAUCUGGACCAUUACAUUUGCACACGAGGUCACACUGAUUUUGCUUUAGUGGAAGAUCUUAAAUAUGUUUUCUUUCAGGCCCUCAAAUAUUGGAGGUUUCGAGUAUUUUUAUUACCAUAUAAUAAUCCUGCGACCCGCAAAAUUUUAGAAGGUUCUCCAAGAUGCGACAUAUACACUCCGCUUAGUAAUGCUGAACAGGCAUCGUUGAUGGACGGCUUCCUGCGCUUCAUCGAGGGAUGGCUGAACAAAAUACGACGACCAAAUCCCAACAAAAAUUGGCAUGAUAUGUUUCAGAGCCCCACAGCUCUAGGUGGUGUCCCUCCAAGAGAUCCUGCCUCUCAUUUGACCAGACGCAGGCACAGCACGAGCCUGAUAUUCCUCACUAACCAGACCAAUCUAGUCGGCAGCUCUCCUUUCAGGGAGCGACUCGGGAGCAACCGUCUGCCAGAGAAGCCGAGACCAAGAUCUGGUUCCAAAGUGAUGGACAGAGGACGUGUGUCGCCUGCCAGCGAAGCUGUUCUCCCGUUGUCGCUCGAGCAACAGCAGCAGGAUCAUUUCGACACUAACGAUGAUAGUGCAAAUCAGGAACUGACCAAGAUAAAAAGUAAUGCGACGAACGUGGAAAUUCUGGAGGCUAUGAAACACCCUCAAACUGGUGUCGGCUUCUUAACACAACAUCCAUCGCUCCCCAGUCAAACAUUUGUUAGCGCCGAUGCAAUCCAAUGGUUAAAUAAUCACAUAGAAGGCGGCAUGGGAGUCGAACAGGGUAUUAAUAUCAUGAAGGGAAUGAUUCAAGACAAAUUGAUAUGCCAUGCAUCCGGCGACUUCUCACAACCAUUUGUCUUAGGAUUUUAUUUGUAUCAUAUCGUGCAGGAUAAAGAAAAUCAAAAAGCCGCAGACUAUUCCGCUCCGCUUGGAAAUCUGCAAAGUUUUGAGAACGAGUGGGUGGAGGUAGAGAUGAGACCGCCGAAAGGAUGGUGUGAACCAACGUCUUCGACAACAGUGUCAACUUUCACAAUUCCUAAUUGCGACGCUAUUGACGAAUCUAACGUUCCAUCUUUUCUGAGAGAUGACAUCGAUUUGACAGAAUCGAUAGAUGACAGAAAUUGGACAGUGCCAUAUAAUUUAUAUAAACAUACUCAUCUGGAUAUCGACAUCAAUAGUAAAAGUGACAGGAUCGAAUGGGGUCAUUUAAGAUAUCAGUCUAUUUACAAAGUAGAUAAUUCUUAUGAACUCGUAGUACAAUGGGUGGCAUCAUCCGGCAGUAUAGUGGCUGAUCUGAUAUUCGUUUGGCAACGCAAGGCUCAAAUGUGCGGGAUACAGAUGAUACCGAUUCCCAGUGAUUUAUUGGCACUACCAUAUACCUUAAAAAGCGAUCCUCUCAGAGGGCCUAUUUUCAUACCACUCGAUACGGAAUGCUUGAUGGCAAAUAAGCUACAUCUUUUUGAAGAAUUCCGAGAAGAUACCUAUGUGCAAAGGCUAUUUUUAUUUCAAGAAGCAAUUCUGCAGAGAUUCGGCUUCAUGCCAUGUUUAGUCGAAAAUACCGAAAAUGACCGUCAGUACGUUCACAUCACGGGUAAUGCAUUCAUAUUAGUGCCAUCUACCACGAAUACUCGGCCGCGUCCACGAACGGGUACCAAUGUCGUGCGACGAAAUACAGGGCAGAAAAGAUAUCCGGUUCAUCAGGAGCAGUCUAGUCCGCACGAAGCGUACAUUACUAGACAUGUUGGCGGAAAGAAGGACGAUCAUAGCGUAGAUAGGAAAAUGGGCUUUUUGUGGUCUUGGAAUCAUAUGGUCAGCCGCAAGUGGAAAUCAUUGUCUCUUUCGGCGGGUGACGAAUUUUUUCAGAAGAAAAUUAUACAGGAUUUUCGACACUUCUGUUCCAAUGGAGACAACAGGCUUAAAGAGUUUUGGGAAUCUUGUUGGGAAUUGAAAGAAAAAACUUGUACAAAAACAAAGUAGCAAGAUAUUGUUUUUUUUUUCGUCCAAACAUUUUUAUUAAGUUAUCAUUGAUCAUUUGUAUAAAUUUCAUCAAAUUGUUUCAUCAUUAUUCGAUCGUUAGUUUUUAUUUAUCAAAGGUACAAUUAAUUAUGUACACAAUGUUUAUAAGGUAUAGUUAGUGCAGCUCUUAUAAGCAGGAUGAAAAUAUGUAUAAAAUGUACAAUAUUAUUUUACAAUAUUAUAAUUAUUAUUGUUACACGUAUGUUAUCAUAUUAUUUAAAACUAGCACCGGACUAUGAGUGAUUCAAUAGUUUAGAAUUUGCAUUUUGCUAUUUAUUUGAGAUGCGUGAAUAUUAAUGAACAGAUUCGUCGAGUUUGCAUUCAUUGUUUAUUCGUACCAGUGAAGCGUUUUUUUUUUUUAAUGAAACCAAAGAGUCGAAAUCGCCAUGAAUAAAUUAAUUCAUAUUAGUAUAUAAUCCGAUAUCACAGAUCUUAUAUUUAAGAUUGUUUUAAGUACGAUUUAAAAAUACUUCAUUUCAUAGCUGAAUGUAAUCUUAAGGCUAUCCAUAGAACUACAUUAAAUGAAUUACAAAUCGCGAAUCAUGAAUCAUUCAUAGAUUCAUAGCAUAGAUCGAUUUUCAUAAUCGAGAGACCGUCUUAAAUACAAUCUUAAGAUAUCAUAAACCAGUCAUUGAACUAUAUUAGCAUCUUGAGACGAUCUUGAAAUAGAACGAACUGUGAAUAUUGCAUUUUCCAGCAAGAGACAGAUGGCACAGCAUAUAACACAGUGAAUCAUUCAUCCUUGUUGUUUGUCAAUGUUAAAUAAGGAUAAAAUGAUACACUGUCAACUUGAAUGUCUCUUGUUGGAAAAACUCCUAGUCUAGUGCUAGCUUUAUUAAAGUAAUAAAAUCAAUUUAUCGGUUGUCAUUCAAAAAUAAGAAAAAAUAGGACAUUUGUAAGACUGAAGGAUAUGUUAGUCUUGGAAAAAAAAAAUUGCAAAUUAAGUUUAAA